AUGGCGUCUUCGAUUGUCUCUCCUCUUACUUCACAGCUCAACCAUGAAGCUGUCUGUUCCAAGUUUGUGCUUCCCAAGUCACCGUUCAUGUCCGGAUCUAAGCUCUUCUCCUCGAACAUGCCUUGCUCUACUGUUCCUCGACGCACAAGAAGAUCACACUGCUUCGCUUCUGCUAAAGAUAUGAGCUUUGACCACAUCCCAAAACAAUUUCGAGGAGAUAAUCUCAAAGAUGGAGUGAUGCAGAACUUCAAGAAUGUACCGCAAUAUUUUUACGGGCUUAAUCCAGCUCAAAUGGAUAUGUUCAUGACAGAGGACAGCCCUGUCCGUAGGCAAUCGGAAAAAGUUACAGAGGAAAGCAUCUCGUCUAGAAGAAACUAUUUAGACAACGGAGGGAUAUGGAGUAUGUCUGGUAUGAAUGUAGCGGAUCCUAGAAGAUACAGCAUGAGUGUCCAAAUGUACAGAGGUGGAGGCGGCGGAGGAUCUGAAAGACCAAGAACUGCUCCUCCGGAUUUGCCUUCUUUGCUCUUGGAUGCUCGGAUAUGCUACCUUGGCAUGCCGAUCGUACCUGCAGUUACUGAGUUACUCGUUGCUCAAUUCAUGUGGUUAGACUAUGAUAACCCAGCAAAGCCCAUCUACCUAUACAUAAAUUCACCCGGGACUCAGAAUGAGAAGAUGGAGACUGUUGGGUCAGAAACAGAGGCUUAUGCCAUAGCUGACACCAUUUCUUAUUGCAAGUCAGAUGUAUACACUAUCAACUGUGGCAUGGCUUUUGGUCAAGCAGCAAUGCUUCUGUCUCUUGGGAAAAAGGGUUAUCGUGCUGUACAGCCACAUUCAUCAACAAAAUUAUAUCUGCCAAAAGUAAACAGAUCUAGCGGAGCUGCCAUAGACAUGUGGAUAAAGGCCAAGGAACUUGAUGCAAAUACUGAGUACUACAUCGAGCUGUUAGCUAAGGGAACAGGUAAAUCCAUAGAGCAGAUCAACGAGGACAUCAAGCGGCCUAAAUAUCUCCAAGCACAAGCAGCCAUUGACUAUGGAAUCGCAGACAAGAUAGCUGACUCGCAGGAUAGUUCCUUCGAGAAACGGGAUUACGAUGGGACUCUUGCCCAGAGAGCCAUGGGAAGACCUGGAGGAGGCAGUCCAACAUCUCCAGCCGGACUAAGAUGA